GAGGAGGCACAACAGCCGGAGGAGGAGGUACAGCGGGUGGAGGUGAUGGUAUUAAGGGUCAUCCAAUUCCUAUCCUAUCCUAUUAAGGGUCAUCCUUUUUCUCGUAUGAUUUUUCCUUGCAGUAGGGCUCCGCAACAAUUAAGGGUGGUGUGGGAAAUCCUCCAUCUCCAAGGAGUCCAAAGCCACUCAUCUGGAAGAAGAAUGAAAACCUCCCAAAGCUAGUACUUAUCAUCUGGAGGAAGAAGACGAUCCAUGGAUAUCCUAGCACACCACUAAUAGUUACAGUAGCAAUGCUGCUCGUGCUGUUGCCGCCACAGGAGAAGGUUACGGCGGUUUGUCCUCUUUAUUGGAAACUAACUACUUGCUCACAGAGAGGAGGAGUGAACCGAACGUAGAUACCCCAUGCUGGGUAUAUCAUCAUCUUCAUCACGAGUUAUUUUUCUACUUUGCUCUUCCUCGGUUGCACCUUGAAUUAUUGGUGAAUAGACGCACGAUUGUCUAUGACCAUUAUUAGGGAAUGAUCUCCCUCCAAGACUAUUGGAGGAAUUCUCACUUGCUUGGAAAAUGUAGUUGAAGGUCUUACAAGUUUAGUGUCGAAGGGCACCUGGCACAUUCUCCCUUUAGAAGCUUAGCUCUAAGAAGAUGCAGGCGCAGCCGAAGAUGCCGCAACGACCGAAAAAGCAGCCAAACCUAGUACUUUAUGGGCAGUAUAUGUUGCAGUCAUCAGGAGAUCUGUAGUAUCUUCAAAAGCUUAAGGUACUCUUAGUAUUCUUGGAGUGUUCCGCAUACUCUUCCAUUAAAAUCAUGUUAACUCCAGGAGAUGUGCUGAUCAUGAAAGAUCGUAUCUUGCUGAUACCUGUAGUUUCAAAAAGAGGAAGUUAGAGUUUCUCUAGAGUGACUCAGAGUUUCUGUAGAACGACUCAGAGGUUCUAGAAUGACUCAGAGUUUCUAGAAUGACUCAGAGUUGAUUGAUUCACUCAAAGCACUCUACCCCUACUAUUGAGACCCUACUACCCAAAGAGUAACUCAGGAGAGCAUUUUGUCGAAAAGAAAAGAACAACCGUAACAUAAAAUUUGCUGCUACCAUCUAAAAAGAAAAGGUACAGGGGUAGUUCGUGUAGGCGGAACCAUCUUCGACGCGAGUUGGCCGGGCGCGGUGGAGGCGAUCAAAGGUUCUUGGAUUAUGGAAAAGGAAGUACUGUGCAUGAUCUUGAUUAUUGUCCAAAUACGAAGUAGCACAUUUAAAGUAGCCAUUUACUGACAGAGUUCUCUUGAGUGUAAAAUUUGCGUGAUAUUGGCUGUUGUCAACGUCAAGUCAGUUUUUAACGAAUAUCCUUUGGAGGUACCUCUACACUGAGUGGCCUCACAUAUAGACGCGAAAUGCUAUGAAAGAGGUACCAUGAAACGACAUUUGGCGUUUCCUUUCAUAUUAGCACCGAGCCUGUCUGCGCCAGGAGAAAGUGAAGUCGGAGUGGGGAGUACGAUCAAAGCCCAACAAGAAAAGCCGCCAAAGGCACAUAAGGCUUCCAACUGGAAAGAUUCAAGACCUGAUAACCUCCUAUCCUAGCGUCCUAGUCGAGGGAAUUCUUAUCGUAUCCUAUCCUGCCUAUCGAACUAGAUGAAAGGUUCCUCAAGAAGAAAUAUAGGUCCCAAUUGCAAGAACAACCUCCCUAGUAGAUCUUCCCAAUUGCUCCCAGAAUCUAGCGACGUGUUCAAAAUUGCGCAUUUUUCCCGCUCUUCUUUUCGUUCCUUUUGGGCUUUGUGUUGCACAGGGUGCUUUCCCCGCUGCCAAGGAGGCCACGCAGGCAACUCAAAGGCCCUGGGUGCUCCGCGUCAUGCGGUUGAAAACGGGGGAACGGGUUGCACCCGUUGUCGGCCUCGUCUUAGUAUCCGCGAAUUUGUCAAUUAUUUCGCACUUAGCUUCGUAUCCCACUGCCCCGAGGUCAAUAAGUGCCCCAGAAUCUUUACAUUCCCAGAACCUUUACACUAGUCGUGUGACCUCCGAACGAAUCACGGGAGAGCUAAAUGCAGUGAAUUUGGAGGGCGCCCAUCCAUGCCAGGCUUGUCAUCCAUUCCAUGCCAUUCACAACUUCAAGAGAAAGGAAGUAUUCUACUAAACUUAAUUCCCCUACCAUGUUGUGGUCCUAAUAUUCUGUGUCUUUUAAAAGACCACUACCAUAGUGAUCAUGUGCCCUCUAAUUAUAAGGAGCCUGGUUCUUCAGAGGUUCGAACCCUGAAAGACCUACAAAAAGCUGGGGCCGCCAGCACUGGCAGCACUCGUGGUCCAGUUUUAUGGAGUCGCUUUAAUUGUAAUCUUGUUUGGCAACAUGAUCACCCUCAAAUUUAUCAUUGGAUCAGGAACUACCGACAAACUCAAUUGAUGGUCGUCAACGAACUAGGUACUUUUUAAGCCAAUUUUUUCGAUAGCUCCCUGCUAAGACGUGGCAUUUACUAGCAGUUCCUCUGUACUUCACCAUCAUAUUCCAGAGCUGAGCAGUCACAUUUUGUGGCCGCGACGCCGAGGCACCAUGCAUAUCCUAUGUAUGGUGCUAGUACUGUCAUCUUUUUACUAUUAAUAUUAGAAGCUCUACUUUACAAGAGCUACACUCGCUAAUUUUCUUCAGUGCUCAACAAGGAGAUCUAGUGAUCCUAUGUUUUUUCAAAUGGAGAGCAUUCCCAAUAUUCCUGUUGUUCGUCAUGCUCCCAAAUAAGGCUCAUCCUCAUCCCCACUCUAAUAAAGCCUCCUGCGCCGCCGCAGACUCCGACAAGCAGCACCAGCUCACAAGAAUCUGCGGGAGCUGUUCAUGUUAAGGCUUACCGCAAUUCACCCCUCAACUCAAUUCCUAGGUUAGUCCCUCCAAACAAUUCAUCUUGAGAAGCUGCAUCUUCGGUCCUUCAUCUUCUUGAGAAAAGGGAAAGGUGUCAAAGAUAGCCUCCAACCUGUGUUCGUGUUGAUGUGGAUUGACUUUGGAGUAUAUUCAUUGUUGAGAAUGUAAUGGACCGACUGGGGAUGAAUUAGGGUAAGCUCUAAUGUUAAGGCUGUACCUAAUACAUCUUUGGACGCAUCCUGGAAACGUAUGGAAGAGUAUCCUAAGGGAAUACUCUCCCAUACUUUUCAAGGAUGCACUUGAAAGAUGAAUUACGACAGCUCUAAUAAUGAAGGUUCGAACCCCCGGUCGAACCUCUCGGGAGCCGCUGCAUCUGAAGGGAGCGGAGAUCAGCCAGCAACUACUGGAGAAACGCCACCAACUAGUGCAGAAACAGAAACACCAUUAAGAAUGAGGGAAGGAGGUUUUUAAUACAUGGACAUCAUACACCAACGGUUCCUACUUGGAUUUGUCCAAUAGCUUAACCUUUUAUUUCCGUGAAUUUUUCCAGUUAUAGAAGUGCCACCUCUUCUAACUUUGACUGCAACCAAGAAAAAGGGGGCGUCGUGCGGCUCAUUUACGGAAACCUGUCCUUCGUGUGAGCGGUCACAUGGUACUUUAAAUCAUUCAAUUUGCAUAUCAUUUGCUGAAGUGUUUCUAUUCUCUCCACUUUUCUCUGAAUCCACAUUUUUUUCUGACACACCAAUUGCAAUUAAUCUCACACUUUAUAUUCACACUUUACUUCUACACCUUGUUUGUCGACCUGCCAGGUACAGAGCUCGAGCAGGAAUGCAGGGCUCUGCAUGAUAGGAUGGUGUCCUCUCAGCUCACGACGGUUUGCGCGUUGACGCUUUGUGUCAUCGUCACCCUGCUGUGCAUUCUCUUUUCACUAGUGAGAUCCCGAACAGGUCGAGGAGGGUGCAUUUUAGGGAGGAUGUUCCGCUCGAAUGGCUUUGGCGGACGCAGUUUUAUGCACAUGACACCCUCUAGACAAGACACCUUCGUUAUGGCGUGAUGUAGUUGUUUCCUACUACCAUCUAGCCUCUAUCCUGUAUUGUCUACGGCCAUCACGAACGAUGACAACAGAGACCACAGCAUGCAUAGCAUCUAGCAGACGUGAUGUAAGUAGACAUACUAGGCUUCAUGGUCUAGUAAGGGACACCAACAUGGGUUACGUUAACUAGAGGACACCACGGACGAAUGAAUUAUUACGUCAUGAUCCAGUAGACGCCGUGAUUCUUCCGUAAUAUUGAUUGCUCUAGAGCACAAUUUUCGAUAUGAGCAGGCUUCUCUAAUGACGAUCUCGGUGCCACGGCUGUGGAGGAACUGGAGUCGGAUGACGAGGGGGGCGAGGUUAGGAGAGCACACGGCAGCUGUUGUAGCAGACCUAAUCAUGGCUGUUGUAGCAGAAUUGGUGACGAAGAUUUCAGUCUUGGUUCGCCAAUGCGUUGUGGUGACCCUCUCACGUCUAGGAGCGGCGAAGCAAUAGAGGUCGUAACCAGGUCAUCCUCUUCCACUACGACCUGUUGUACGACUUCCUCGUCAGCGGCUUCCUAUUAUAUGGCAGGAAAUCGUUCACCUGGUUUAGCGAGUACAGAUCCAGAGCUAGGAAUGAUGGCUGCUACAGCCAUGGGAGGAGGAGAACUGCUGUUCACGAGAACAAGCACGACAACUACAAUUAAGGCCUUGGGAGGAGAUUUCGUCUGACCUAAAUACUUAAACAAUACUUUCGCUAAGUAGAAGUCAUGUAGUUCAUGUUUUUCAAAGCAACUACAGGACUUGUUGGGUAAGUACCUGUUGUCUUUGUCCUUCAGAAUUCAAAAUACGAGUACUUUUGAAGUAGCACGACCACAACGUGCACUUCAUCUAGAAAAAGGGAAAGAACUUUUUAAGGCCUCAGUCGUCUUCUAAUGCCCCAACUUCUCGUCGAGAACUGAUGUUUCGAUCCACACGAGGUGGUGCGAGUACUAGAACUAGUACUAGUACUAGAGGACAAGGACAACCUUCAAGCGGGACGAACUCAUCAUGGUGGAUGAAGAAUCCUCUGUCUCACUUUAGGCUGAAGGGCAUGAACAAGGUGGGCGUGGAGGAGGAGACGCCUCUGAUACCAGACGAGGUGGAUCUUAAGGCUCAAGAAUACAGUCCAUUCUGACAAGAAACCUUUUCUCCCUGUUACCUUCUUAAGGAUACACAUGAAGUAGAUUUGCAAUAAUUUACUGCUCCUUCCACUCUUCAUAUACUGUUCCUUCUUAGGAUGGGUGGGGAGAAAUGCAGGCAACAAAUGAAUCGUUCAGGGCUCUAAGGAUCAGCUUUCUUCGUCCAUUUAGUAGGUUUGCUGCUUCGAAGAUUCCGCACUGAGUGAAUAGGAGGGACCAGGGAGAUAGAGUCUUGUUAACGUCAAAACAGAAGAACGGAUGGUAAUAGUUUCAUGUCUUCAAGGACCGCGAUCACGUUUGACAAAAUUUGUAUUUUCUUACCCGGACUUUGACUUACCCCUACUUCAUACUACAUACUAUUACUACAUCGAUCGAAAUUUUUUUUGUAUUCUAUUUGUCGCUAUAUACUUUAUUCUAUAUCUACUCAUACUUUGUCACGUAUAGUCCUAAAAUUACAUCGGUAAGUAGUUACACAUUUAUGCCUAUUCUCAUACAACAAACUCAAAAUUACAUCAUGCUUAAAUUUUCAUACAACGAAGUAGUAGACACAUUCUUACAUGCUUAUCCUCAUACUAGCACAAAACACUCACAAUUACAUGCUUAUACAUCCUUAUUCCUAGAAGUAGAAGAUUUCAACAGAACCUUUUUUUACUCGAACAACACACAUUAUCCAAUACACACGUAAUAUCUUCUUCUUACUAAGCAACGAUACAACCUAAACCUACGAUGAUAGCAAUACACAGCUUUCUGUUCCUCCCUCCUGUUACAGACUCACAUGAAAUUGACUUACGACUUACGAAAACCCUGAUAAAUUGACCCAUGACUUACGAAACCAACAAUGCCC